AUCGCGAUUUCGUGAAAGUGAUCAAUUUUCCUAUUUUAUUAUGAUUUCCUAGUUAGUAUGUCAAUUAUUUUCAAUUAAAUAACAUUAAUUAAUAUUCAAGAAUAUAGUCAACAUAUAUAAAGGCGAUAUUUUAGGUUUUUAAGGGUCUUACUAAAUGUUUAUCUGCUCACAAGCAAGGAACAAAAAACAGGUAAAUAUUAGGUACCUAACUCCCUGAAAAACAAAUUACUCCGACAAUAAUUUUCUAUGAACACUGAAAAUAACAUAAUGACCAUUGGCAUAAAAUAAAAAAGGAUGAAUUUAAGAAAGAAAGAAAAAGUGAAAUGUUCAUAAACAUUUUUUAAUUGAUCGUAAAAAUAAAAAUACUAGAAGAUUACAGCCUAUAAUUAAGUCCCACUUUUGGGUACAGACUCCUGUAUGAGAGAGGAACAAAGCAUACUUGACAGCUGAACUGGAAAAUAUAAAUAAAAAAUGUAUAAAAACAUUCAAAACGACCAUGAAAUUAUUUCAAAUGUACAAAUUAACAAACAAAGCAAUGUAAAUUAUGAAAACAUUAAUAUAAAAUGUGAACUAAUUGAUGAUGACGAGGAAGAAGAGAGAGAAAAAGAGAGUGCAACCGACGAUAACGGUUAUAAUACCGAACAUAUUCUGAAUAACAUCUGGAAAAAUAAACCGAAAGAUCUGUCCAUUAAUGCUGUUAACACAAGCCUGAAUAACAAAAAUACUUUAAUUUUAGAGAAUCCAAAUACUACUAACGAUAGUAAAGCAGUCUUUACAAGCAAUUCGGUUCAAAUAGUAGUCAAACUAGAGCCUGUAGAAGAGUAUGAAGAACAUGGAGAAGGGAUGGCGACAGGAGAAUUGGAAAGAGAUAGAAGUAUGAAUCCGAGUGAGCUGGUUAAAACAGAGAUCGCAAAUGACCCGUGUGAUGACUAUCAUUCUGUAUUUCUUCAGGAACGUUCACAAGAAGAAACACCAUCAAUUUCGCCCGAACCGAACCCAACAAGUCUGGGCAGGAAGCAGAAUUUAAAAAAGCUGCACCCUUGUCCUCAUUGCAACAAGACAUUCAUAAAGAAAGGCCAUUGGACCCGCCACCAGGCCGUGCACAGCGGCGCGAAACAUUUCACUUGCGACAUAUGCCAGAAACAAUUCACAGCCAAAUCAAACCUUGUGCGGCAUAAACACAUACAUACAGGCUUUAAACCGUUCUCCUGUGACACCUGCGGAAAGACCUUCAUUGAAAAGUCCUAUUUAGUCGCGCAUUUAAAGACCCACAUAGGUUUAAAAACUUUCAAAUGCUCGGAGUGCAAUAAAGGAUUUUUAGAUAGAGCUCAUUUGUUAAGACACGAGCGAGUUCACACAGGGGCAAGACCGUAUCAGUGUGCGGUCUGUCAUAAACAGUUUACCCAAAGCGCUCACCUAAGUUGCCAUAAGAAAAUCCAUUUAACCAAGAAGGUUUAUUACUGUGACAUCUGUAAACAAGGUUUCAUUGACUUGAAAGACCUUUUUGAGCACAACAAAGUCCAUAUAGGGGAAAAGGCGUUCAGCUGUGAGGUUUGCCAUAGGCAAUUCAGCCAGAAUUCUCACUUAGCGGAUCAUAUGAGAAUCCACAACGGUUUGCGGCCAUUUAUAUGCUUCAUUUGCAACAAGACAUUCAGUCAGAGCUCAACGUUGAAUCGUCAUGUCAAAAUACACAGCGGGGAAAAGCCGUUUACAUGUGAAAUAUGUCAAAAGAAAUUCGGUCAGAAAUCGCAUCUGACCAAGCAUUACUUGAUGCAUAGUAAACACAGUCAUAUUCAAGUGACCGAACUGAUUGAGAAGUUAAACCAAAAAAUUAUAAAUAACAGUACGGAAGGUGUAGGCGAUGAAAUUAUAAUAGGCACAUAAAGUAUUAGGGACUAGGUAUAUUAUUGUAUUUUUUUUUCUUAAUGUAUUGCAGAUGAAGUGUAGAUAAAGAGUAUUAACUCAUACUCCUUAAUUCCGGACACCUAGUGCAUAUUUUGGUGCACAGAAACUUAAUCUAAUUUUACUUAGACAGCUCUGAAAUUAAUGCCAUUUUGGUUUAUGAUACGUGCAAGAAAGUGACGCAACUACUUUUAGUCCUGGCAAAUUGGUGUGAUAGGGCCAUUGGCCCCGAUUCCUGCAGACACAUCCUAAUUUUAUUUUAAGUUAUACCUUUCAUUUUCUUAUCCGCCGAAAAGGAAAGGGACAUAUAAUCGACAGGCAUAAAAUUUAUAGAACACACGUCCAUUUUAGGCAGGACUUUUAAAAGCCCACCCGAAAUUUAUAUAUUGGCCAAUAACCCGACAGACGUAAGUUGACAGCAGCACACGUCAAACGGGUUGCGUACCAGCGAGAUUGAAGAAAAGAAAAGAAAGAAGAAAGAUUGCACAGAAUCAACUCGGGUAUCAUUUUCCUAUAUAGUAAUAGGUAAUAGAAGCUAUAUCCAGCAACAAAAACCGCCACUUAAAAUUUGAAAUCCCCAUGUCUAUAAAAGCCAUUUUUAUACUUACUUGGGUAUACUUAACCCCUGCCUACUCCAUCAGGAAUACAGGCGUGAUGCCAUUAUGUCUUAUAAUGUUGUUAAAUACCUGUGUUACUUGAAAGAAACCGUUUCUAAACAAAAAAUAAUUAUUUUUUAUUUUGACGAUUUUUAAAAAAAAACGGCAUCUCAAACCGUUAUAUGAGUUAUGUCAAAAAGUCAUAAAUAAUUAGUACGAUAACCAUCUGUCAGGAUAUUACGGUUUUUUUUUGCCGUUUUCGAGAUAAUCGGAUUUUUCAUAGUAGCUCCAUACAUUUUUUUCAUAAAAAAAUUAUAAUUCAUCCGCUUUUGCACAGAAUCAACUCGGGUAUCAUUUUCCUAUAUAGUAAUAGGCAAUAGAAGCUAUAUCCAGCAAAAAACCACCACUUAAAAUUUUAAAUCCCUAUGUCUAUGAAAGCCAUUUUUCGAUCCAUAGUGCGGCCUAACCGGAGCACGGACCUCAUGUAACGCGCGCGACGCGAUACUGGUUUCAGGCAGGCACUUAUGUUGAUAAAUUAAUGAUAAUUGUUUUUUCAGUGGAUUGGAUGUGCAUUUUUAUAUUAAAAAAAUAUUGGAAGAAGUCUGUGUUUUAGACAGAUAAAUGUUAAUAUAGUUGUAAUAGUUAUAAGUUAUGUAUUCAAAGCAAUAAAUGUAAUGACAAAACAUUUUGUAGCAAUUGAAUAAAGAUUUAAGACGUAAGAACA